CUAAGAAGUACCUUGCUUCUUGUGUAUGUCAACCCCUAAGCCAUGACUUCUGUAAAGGCCAGGCCGUAACUGAGAAAGGAUGUUUGGAGGUAAACUGCGAUCGUGGAUGGAAGCAGUCCGUCCAAGGAAAAAGCAGCACAGGAAGGAUAAACCGGCAAAAAGCAACAAUGUCUCCAUAUCCGGAUGUGAGGCUAAAAAUGGUAAACCGGAGAGAUCGGAUAAUGCAAUAAUAUUACCUAACGACUUUAGGGAAAAUGAUAGAAGAGAAGUCAUUGCCAGCACCGCCUCAAAAAAACAAGACAACCCUCAGUCUGGAUCAUCUGGAGUAUCUAAUUCUCGUUACUCAGCAAACAACUUGUCCUCUCCUGAGUCAGCAUACUCCACGGGGUACUCGACAGAUGGCACAUCACCUGGAGCUCCUCCCGAAUACCUGUUAAAUAAUCCCUCUAGACAUUCCGAUCGAUAUAAUUUACAAGGUCCUGUUCUGAAUUCUGUCCAACUUCCGAAUUCUCCUAGAAGCAGAAAUGAAAAUUCUUGCACCGUGGUACUGAAAAAUUCAGCUCAAUUAGUUUCAAAUCAUAUUAAUGGACCUAGAACACCUAUACUUCAGAACGGAGACCAUGGAGAAUCGAAGGUGGCUGCUCAAAUCGAAGACAUUAUUGGUGGGCCUAAAAGUCCUUCGUUGGGAAUUACUUCACCGAGGCAACGCAAUAGAAUUAGGACAAAUCCGUGGCUGCCUAGUAACGUUCCUAGUCCUGUUCCAGCCAAACACGAAAUCAGCAAAACAACCACGCCUUCGAAAAUCAACAGAGACAGUCCUAGGUCCCGUCGCUUCCUAAGCCCAGUGGUCAGCAGACGCCAUUCUCUAUCCUCUUCCUCCUGCUCAUCCUUAAGCGGAACCAGUCUAUCAUUAGAACCACCGAGACCCCGUUCUGCAAGUGAUGACGAAGACUGCACUUUAAACGAAAUGAUGGGCAAAUACGAUGAAAGCUACGUAUAUGAGAAAGAGACUGACAUCCUAAGCGACAGUGAUCCAACGGACUGCGAAACGGACAUAGAUACCGGACAAGACGGCGGAGACGAAGAUGAUCCAUUCGAAGGAGAAUUAGAUUUCAUUGAUAACGGUUCCCAUUUGGAGUACGAUCCUCGAUUAGACCACAACACUGGUCAUUGUUCCUACUACAACUUCGACGUUCCAAGGAAGAGGUCUUCAAGAAGACGAACGACGCGUAGAAGCAGCAAACAAGCCAGCGAAAAGAAGCGGAGAUCGAGCUCGAACAAGAAACAUCACGUGAAGCAGUUUGAAGGGGAAAGGUUGACCAAAGGCAUUUUAGAUGGAUCCAAGAGCGCUGGAGCAACUCCUCUCUCUGCCAGAAGAGCAGGUCAUAGACCUGUUUCCAAAUUAGCUCUCGAAGAGUGUCUUAAAAAGCGGUCUAACUCAGUAAGCUUCUAUCGAAACCAAAUAAACACAAUAGACAAGCGAGACAAAGAAGCUGAUCUAAAAUACAAGGAGCUUAUUAUAGAAGCGGAACAAAUCUUGCGUACAAUGAAAACUAAUGGUCUAUCUCCUAGAAGAAUCCCUGGUCCGGCAAAUAAAAGAGUAGAGCUUCUACGAAACACCGAGUGUUCCAAAAUAGACGUCUUCAGCAAGACCAGGAACGGUUUUACGGAGGAUAGUGUAACGGAGAAUACAUUGUUUCCAAAAGUUCCGUCCAACACUAGCUAUAACUGCUCUCGGUUCAGCCCGAAAAAGAGUCAUAUCACCAAUUUUCUUAUAAGCAACUCUCCAGUUCUAGUUAGGAAAGAAUGGGAUAACCAAAGUGAAUUGCUAAAGCAGCAUCUGUCUAACAGGAAGAAGAAGGAUGAAGGCGUACACGCACACAAAGGUAUUUUGGUCGAAGAGAAAAAUGUGGACGUAAUACGGGUAAGCCCAAGACACAAACGGCAUGCCAAUAAACGUGUGGAGAAUUCCAGUUCUGAUUCUGAUGAUGAACUGGAGAAGCCGUCGAGAAAUUCCGCGUUAGAUUGUCCACAAAGUGAGCCUGUAAGGAGGAAGGUGUAUUUUGCCAACACAACUAUCAACGCACAUAAACCCCAAAGAAAAGGAAAAACGGUUGUUUUUAACCUCAAAAAGGAAGUAAAUGAUUACAUGCAAUCUAAAGGUUGCAGGACGAGCAGUACCGAGAAUUUAAGACAGCAAGUCCUCCUAAAUACUAUCGUGAAUUUAAAAAGGAACCUGGAAGAUCAGUCUGCUUCUUUGAGACAAGUUUACAGGAGCUCUCACAACAUAUACGUAUAA